AAUUAAAGAUCAUCAAUUCAUCAAUUAAACAAUUGGAAUUAAUUUGAUUUGCAAUUUAAGUUAAUCAAUUAAAAAGAAAAAUGUUCUCAACUCUUUUUGUCUUCGCUCUCAUUGGAUCAGCUUUUUGUGCUUCAUGUCCAAAGCCACCAACUGUUGGUGACGAUUUCGAUAUUACCAAGUUUGGUGGUCGAUGGUUUGAAGUCGUUCGAACCACUGGUUUCACCGAAGAUGGAUUAACCUGUGUAACCGCUGAUUUUGACUUACGACCUGAUGGUGAUUUCAACACUACCAACAGCGCUUUCCGAAAGAAUGGUCAACGAGCUACCGAAUAUGGUACAGCUAAACGAGUCAAAGGAGGACAAAAAAAUGAAUUAGCAAUGGUCUCAAGUGCUAUCCCAAUACCAAUUAAUUUCUACAUCAUUGAAACUGAUUACGAUAAUUACGCUGCUGCCUACACUUGUAUUGGAGUUCCUCCUCUCUUCUCCUAUGAAACCGCAUGGAUUUUUUCACGAACCAACACUUUGGAUGCCGAUACAACUCAACGACUUCAAAACCGAUUGACCAAUGAAUUUGGUAUCUACCCUUCAACCAUUGAGGUCACUAAUCAAACCGAUUGUACUUAUUUACCUCGAGGUACUUACCAAUAAUCUGUUACCCAACAAUUAACAUCUAAUUUAUUAAUUAUGUCUCAGUGUCUUAAUUAAAAUAUUUAUUAUUCAUAAAACAAGAAAAAUAAAUAAUCUUUAUUUUCAAUCAA